AUGACGAGCACAGGCUAUACCUUAUACCUUCAACAAGGUGCUGGAAAAUAUGAAGACAGCGAAGAAAGCGAUUUCUCCCAAGAAAGCGAAGUCUCUAGCCAAGGAACGGAGUCUUCCCAAGAGGAAGAAACGGAAAACUUAGAGCCUUGGUCACGCAUUCUUGAUGAAGCCGAGAAACGCCAUGAGACCCAGCUCAACGCAUUGAUCAAUGAGUACGAAGGGGACGGAGAUUCAGAAAAUGUGGCCCGCGUGUAAGCCGAGAACGCUCUUCUUCCUGUUUACAGAAAAGAGCUAAGAAAAGUACUCUUAGAGAAUCUACAGUGGAUGCGUGCAAUGAAAAAAGACCCCACCUUCAAAAAAGUGAUGGAAACUCAAAAAGAGCUUAAAGACACAGAAGGAUUUGAUUGGUUGGAAUCGACAGAACUAGCGAUCGAUAAGCGAAAAUUCUUACUCAAUCGAUUGUACGAAAAGCAGCCCAUUCCACAAGAUGAAGACUAG